AUGGUGUUGAUUAUGAAGAAGUUUUUGCGUCUGUUGCAAGACUGGACACAAUUCGAAUCAUCCUUGCUGUUUCAGCUAACUGUGGAUGGCAGACAGGUACACCAUCUUGAUGUGAAGUCGGCUUUCUUGAACGGCGAACUCAAGGAAGAGUCCGUCCUAAUUGUUGGUGUUUAUGUUGACGAUCUAAUUGUCGCCGGAGAAAGCCUCAAGGAGAUCGAUUUGUUCAAGAAGCAAAUGAUGUCCGAAUUCGAGAUGAGUGAUCUUGGAUUGCUCACGUUUUAUCUUGGGAUUGAGGUAGCUCAAGAACAAGAUUGGAUUAUCCUCAAGCAAAGCUCAUAUAUGAAGAAGGUGUUGGAUCAAUUUGGUAUGGGGGAAUGCAAUGCUACAAGAAUACCGAUGGAACAAAAGAUACAACUUCACAAAGAUCCGGAGGGAGAACCAGUCGAUGAGACAGAAUAUCGACAGAUUAUUGGUUGCUUGAGAUACUUACUGCACACUCGUCCCGAUUUAUCGUUUUCAGUGGGUAUGCUAAGCCAAUUCAUAGAAAGGCCCACAAUCAUGCAUUACAACGCAAUAAAACAAGUGCUAAGAAAUUUAAAAGUGACUAUCACUUUGGACUUGUGUAUGGAAGAGGUGGAGCUGAGGAAAUAA